GACUUCCGGUUUGAGCGGAAGGGGAGGAGCCAACAGCCGCUCUAGGCGAACAGGCGAACCUCAGCGACACUUUGUGCUCUUUCUGGUUGUUUUUCACGACGCGGGGAACUACCUUUUCCUCCGCCAGCUGACACCAUGGAUGACACGCAGACAGCAGAGAGUUGACAGCCGCGUUGACGCACCAAUACACUCGCGGCUUUCAAAACAGCGUGUUUGCGGUUAUCUAACGUAAUCCCGGUGGAGCCCCUGCCGCCAUGGUGCAGGAAUACCAGUCCCCGGUCCGGGUCUACAAGCAUCCGUUUGAGCUGAUAAUGGCGGCCUACGUGAGGAGGUUCCCGAGGUCCCACCUGAUCCCGGUGUUUGUGGACAGCGAGAUCCUCAAGGAGACCCAAAGCAAGGAUGGCGCCACCCUGGUCACUGAGAGGCGCUGCGUGAUCGACAUCGAGGCCCCGCGGCUUCUCAAACGGAUAGCCGGCGUGGACUACCUGUACUUCCUGCAAAAGAACACCCUGAAUCGCAGAGAGCGGACGCUGCGCAUCGAGGUCCACAACGAGACCUUCUCCAACCGGGUCGUCGUCCGUGAGUGCUGCAACUACACGGUUCAUCCGGAGAAUGAGGACUGGACGUGCUUCGAGCAGACGGCUAGUCUGGACAUGAAGUCCUUCUUCGGCUUCGAGAGCACGGCGGAGAAGCUAGCCAUGAAACAGUACGCUAGCAGCAUUAAAAAGGGUAAAGAGAUGAUCGAGUACUACCUCAAAGAGCUGGAGGCAGAAGGGGUAACGCACAUACCUCGUUGGACUCCUCCCGUUGACCCCGGCGCCGCCGGGCUUCAGCCGACGCCCCGCUCCGCUGCCAGAGCCAUCCCGGUCAGCGCAGCGGAGACCGGGCCGGACAGCAAAGAGCCGGCCGGCCCCCCGGAGCCAGUGGCCGGCUCUCCUGACGACAAACUGGAUGCUGAUUACAUCAGACGUUACCUUGGUGACUUGACACCUCUGCAGGAGAGCUGUCUCAUCCGACUGCGCCAGUGGCUCCAGGAAACCCACAAGGGCAAGAUUCCAAAGGAUCAGCACGUGCUGCGCUUCCUGAGGGCCAGAGACUUCAACCUGGACAAGGCCAGAGAGUUCUUGUGCCAGUCGCUCACCUGGAGGAAGCAACACCAGGUGGAUUUCCUGUUGGACACGUGGCAGCGGCCACAACUGCUUCAGGACCAUUACACCGGAGGCUGGCACCACCACGACAGAGACGGCCGUCCUCUGUAUGUCCUGCGCCUUGGACAGAUGGACACGAAGGGCCUGGUGCGCGCCUCAGGGGAAGAGGGACUGCUGAGACAGGUCCUGUCCAUCAACGAGGAGGGGCUGAGGCAGUGCGAGGAGAACACCAGGGUCUUCGGGCGCCCCAUCAGCUGCUGGACCUGCCUGGUGGACCUGGAGGGGCUCAACAUGCGCCACCUGUGGAGGCCAGGUGUCAAGGCCCUGCUGAGAAUCAUCGAGGUGGUGGAGGCCAACUACCCAGAGACGCUGGGCCGCCUGCUCAUCCUGAGGGCGCCCCGAGUGUUUCCAGUGCUCUGGACCCUGGUCAGCCCCCUGAUUGAUGAGAACACCCGCAAGAAGUUCCUUGUUUAUGCCGGAAACGACUACCAAGGUCCAGGAGGGUUAGUGGACUAUAUUGACAAAGAAAUCAUCCCUGACUUCCUGGGAGGCGACUGCAUGUGUGACAUCCCUGAAGGGGGGUUGGUUCCCAAAUCUCUGUACAGGACAGCAGAGGAGCUGGAGAGUGAGGAAAACCGCCUGCUGACAGACUCCAUCUACAAGAGUGCCAGUAUUUUCAAGGGAGCCCCGUAUGAGAUGCUGAUCGAGAUCAACGAGGCCUCCUCCGUCAUCACCUGGGACUUCGAUGUGUCCAAAGGAGACGUCAUCUUCCACCUGUACCACUCCAAAAGGGCCCCGCAGCCCCUUAAGAAAGACACUCUGGGCGCCCACGGCCUGGCGUCCCCGGGCGCCGCCAACGCCCAGGUGAUCGACAGGAACUGGGUGCUGGGCCAGGACUACAGCAUGGUGGAGAAAGCCCUCACCUGCAGGGAGGGCGAGAGCGUACAGGGCUCCCACGUGACGCGCUGGCCCGGCUUCUACGUCCUCCAGUGGCGCUUCCACAGCUCGCCGGCGUGCUCCGCCUCCAGUCUGCCCGGAGUGGACGACGUGCUGGCCUCGCUGCAGGUCUCCUCCCACAAGUGCAAGAUUAUGUACUACACCGAGGUGCUGGCCUCCCACGACUUCAGGGGAUCCAUGACCAGUCUGGGGUCGAGUCACAGCGGCUUCUCCCAGCUCAGUGCUGCCACCACGUCCUCCAGCCAAUCGCACGCCAGCUCCACCGUCUCAAGGUAGCAUCUGCCCGCCAGAUGUUGAUGAUGAAACCGCAGCGAGGCGACUCCGCUGACAUCCUACUCCGA